AUGGCUGCCUACCUGCAGUGGCGCCGCUUCGUCUUCUUCGACAGAGAGGCGGUGAAGGAGCCGCCGGGGCCGUAUGGGGCCGGCGGGAAGCCCUUCGCGCUGCCCUCGGGCAUCGCGGUCUGCGACUCGGGCCCGGGCGGCCCCGGGGCGGCUCUGGUUCUGGUUCUGGUGGGGGAUAUGGAAGGUCAGAUUUGGUUUUUGCCUCGCUCCCUUCAACUCAGUAGUUUCCAAGCUUACAAGCUCCGGGUGACGCAUCUGUACCAGCUGAAGCAGCACAGUAUCUUGGUUUCUGUUGGGGAGGAUGAAGAGGGUAUUAACCCCUUGGUUAAAGUCUGGAACCUGGAGAAACGAGAUGGUGGCAAUCCUCUUUGCACACGAAUUUUUCCAGCAAUACCAGGUAACAAGCCCACAGUUGUAUCCUGCCUAACCGUCCACGAGAAUCUUAACUUUAUGGCUAUUGGCUUUGCAGAUGGGAGCGUUGUACUUACAAAAGGAGACAUCACUCGAGACCGGCAUAGUAAGACGCAGAUCCUACACGAAGGCAGUUAUCCGGUUACUGGCCUCGCUUUCCGACAGUCUGGCAAAACAACGCAUCUGUUUGUGGUGACCACAGAGAACAUCCAGUCUUAUAUGCUUUCAGUGAAAGACUAUCCUCACCUGGAGCUGGACACUCACGGUUGUGGACUGCGCUGCUCAUCUCUCAGUGACCCCUCCCAGGAUCUCCAGUUCAUUGUGGCAGGAAACGAAUGCGUGUACCUUUAUCAACCAGAUGAACGUGGCCCCUGCUUUGCCUUCGAGGGACAAAAGCUGAUUGUUCACUGGUAUCGGGGGUACCUUGUCAUUGUCUCCAAGGACCGAAAGACUUCUCCAAAGUCAGAGUUUGCUGGGAAUGAGGCACAGAAUUCGGACAAACAGGUCCUGAAUAUCUAUGACUUGUGCAACAAAUUCAUUGCAUACAGCUCAAUCUUUGAUGAUAUAGUGGACGUCUUAGCAGAGUGGGGUUCUCUGUAUGUACUGACCAGAGAUGGGAAGAUUCACGUACUGCAGGAGAAGGAUACGCAAACCAAGCUCGAGAUGCUAUUCAGAAAGAACUUAUUUGAAAUGGCCAUUAACCUGGCCAAGAGCCACCACUUGGACAGCGAUGGUUUGUCAGAGAUUUUCCGGCAGUAUGGCGAUCAUCUGUAUAACAAGGGGAACCAUGAUGGAGCCAUCCAGCAGUAUAUCCGAACUAUAGGGAAGCUGGAACCGUCUUACGUUAUUCGGAAGUUCCUGGACGCUCAGCGUAUCCACAACCUCACUGCUUAUCUGCAGACGCUCCACCUGCAGUCCCUGGCCAAUGCAGACCAUACUACACUUCUGCUGAAUUGCUAUACCAAACUCAAAGACAGCUCGAAACUGGAGGAGUUCAUUAAGACGAGUGAGAGCGAGGUCCACUUUGAUGUGGAAACGGCCAUCAAGGUGCUUCGUCAAGCGGGUUACUACUCCCACGCUGUGUACCUGGCAGAGAAGCACGCGCAUCAUGAAUGGUACCUCAAAAUCCAGCUAGAGGACAUCAAGGUGAGGAGACGUUACUGCUCCCGUCUGCCUUUUGAUCAGGCAGAGAGUAACAUGAAGCGGUAUGGUAAAAUCCUGAUGCACCAUGUCCCUAACGAGACCACGGAAUUGCUGAAGAUCCUCUGCACUGAUUACCAGCCUUCGGGAGACAAUGAAGGCCCUGGGAUGCUGGAAGGAAAAAAGGCUAAUUCAGAGGAGUUCAUUCCAGUCUUUGCAAACAACUCCCGAGAACUGAAGGCUUUUCUGGAGCACAUGACUGAGGUGCAGGCUGACUCUCCGCAGGGUGUCUAUGACACUUUACUGGAACUUCGACUCCAGAACUGGGCACAUGAACAAGAUGAGCAGAUCAAGGAGAAGCUGCACAAUGAAGCCCUCACCCUCCUGAAGAGUGGAAGGUUCAAAACGGUCUUUGAUAAGGCCUUGGUCUUAUGUCAGAUGCACAAUUUCAAGGAUGGUGUCCUCUACCUCUAUGAGCAGGGCAAACUUUUCCAACAGAUCAUGCACUACCACAUGCAGAACGAGCAGUACAAGAAGGUGAUUGAGGUGUGCGAGUUGUAUGGAGACCAAGAGGCUUGUCUCUGGGAACAGGCUCUCGGCUACUUUGCACGGAAGGAGGAGGACUGCAAAGAGUAUAUCGCUGCGGUGCUGAAACACAUUGAGAACAAGAAUCUUAUGCCUCCGUUGCUUGUUGUGCAGACGCUGGCUCAUAACUCCACAGCCACACUGUCUGUGAUCAAGGAUUAUCUUGUCAACAAGCUGCAGAAGCAGAGCCGCCAGAUAGAGCAGGAUGAGCAGAGAAUUCAAAAAUACCGAGAAGAAACUACAAGGAUCCGCCGGGAGAUUGAAGAGCUAAAAGCAAGUCCCAAGAUCUUUCAGAAGACCAAGUGCAGCAUUUGCACCAGCGCCCUGGAGCUGCCUUCAGUCCACUUCCUGUGCGGUCAUUCCUUCCACCAGCACUGCUUUGAAAGCUACUCUGAGAGCGACUCCGAAUGUCCUACUUGCAUGCCAGAAAAUCGCAAAGUGAUGGACAUGAUCCGAGCCCAGGAGCAGAAGAGAGACCUGCACGACCAGUUUCAGCAUCAGCUCAAGUGUUCCAACGAUGGCUUCUCCGUUGUUGCCGACUACUUUGGUCGAGGCGUCUUCAAUAAGCUCACCCUCAUCACCGACUUGCCCUCGGGAAAGGCGGCUGCGACUAUUGAGGCUGGCCUGCAGCGGGAGCUGCUCAUCCACACCAAGCGCAGUACCUGA